AUGGAGCUAUUGGCUGGCCCCCCAGUGGCAGAUUUGUACGAUCUGUACGAUGACCCUUGCUUUAAUUCCCCCGAUAUGAGCUUUUUCGAAGAUCUGGACCCCCGGCUCGUGCAUGUUACGCUGCUGAAGCCCGAGGAUGGCCCGCACCCCGAGGAGGAGCAUGUGCGGGCCCCCAGUGGGCACCACCAGGCGGGCAGAUGUCUCCUCUGGGCAUGUAAAGCCUGCAAGAGGAAGACCACCAACGCCGACCGCAGGAAAGCGGCCACAAUGCGGGAGAGGAGACGACUCGGCAAAGUCAACGAUGCAUUCGAGACCCUCAAAAGAUGCACCAGCGCCAACCCCAACCAGAGGCUUCCCAAGGUGGAGAUCCUGCGCAAUGCCAUCAGAUACAUCGAGAGCCUGCAGAGCCUGCUACGGGAGCAAGAAGAACCCUACUACCCCCAGCUGGACUCCUACAGCGGGGACUCGGAUGCCUCCAGCCCCAGAUCAAACUGCUCCGAUGGCAUGGUAGACUACAGAGGACGUUCCCAGUGUGCCAGCAGGAGGAGGAACAGCUAUGAUAGCAACUACUAUUCUGACAGCACCAACGACACCAGACCCGGGAAGAAUUCGGUGGUCUCCAGCUUGGAUUGCCUGUCCAGCAUUGUGGAGAGAAUUACGACAGAAAACGCAGCUUGUGGCAUGCUGCCAUCUGUGGAAAGUGAAGGCAGUUCCUGCUCGCCCCUGCAGGGGGAGGCACUGAGCAAUGACAGGAGCAAUGGUGUCCCUUCUCCUAGUGGCUGCACACAGAUCCCCCAAGACAGCAGCAGCUCCAUCUACCAGGUCUUAUAA